AUGAUCCAGAAGCUCGAACAAACCGAGCGGCUUGUGUGGCUUGUCACGGGCGCCUCAAGCGGCCUCGGACUUGCGUUGGUCAAGCGUAUUCUUGCGCGCGGGGACCGUGUCAUCGCAACGGCGCGCACACCCUCCAAGUUCAGCAGCCUUCUCCCCGACGCCUCCCCAGACCAACUGCACACCGUCUACCUGGACGUAACAGCCCCCUUUGAGGACAUUCAACGUGUCAUGGAUGCCGCAGUAUCGCGCUGGGGACGCAUAGACAUCCUAGUCAAUAAUGCCGGCCUGAUCGAUACGAUCGGGCCUGGCGAAGAGCUCGGGACGAGUGGUGUGUUCGAGCGCGUCAUGGACACGAACUUCUUUGGUGUGGUGAAGUGUACGAACGCCUUGCUGCCGCAUAUGCGCGCUAGGAAGGAGGGGACUGUACUGAUCGUGGGGUCAAGAUCGGCAUAUAAGACUGAGGCUCCGGGCGUCGGCGCAUACGGCGCAUCCAAAGCGGCAGUGCAUGCAUAUGGGGAGACGCUCUCUACCGAACUCCGUCACCUGAACAUACGCGUCACGAUCGUAGUCCCAGGUCUCUUCCGCACCCCGUUCAACUCGCCCUCGCUCGCGGAGCCUAAGUUCGAUGACUACAAGGCCUUCCACGACGUUGCACCGGCAUACUUGAAGAAGCGUCAGACAGACUGCGAGGCAGCCGAUCCGGAUAAGGGCAUGGACGUUGUUGUUGACGUUGUGCGCGGGGAAGGGAGAGCGACCGGGAAGAACGGAUGGCCGCUUUGGCUUGUGCUGGGCGACGAUGCACUGAGUGAUGUUGAGACAAAGUUGGAGAGUAUUGGACAGACUGUGACGGCAUGGGGCGACGUUGGGAGGUCUCUGAAGAUCGAAUAG